AUGGGAUCCAACGUUGAGCUGGUAUGGCCAGAGUCAGAGGCAUAUUCCUCACAGGUGAACAACUGCUCACAUGCAAAUUCAUCCCUAGCUGUAAUUCGAGCGAAGUUGAGUGCCGAACAAUUAGAACAAUUCAAGACAUCAUGCUUUGGCCAUCUUCUGAAUAUAGAUAAGAUUCAGUUUAGCGGGCAGAUUGUGCAUGGGGUUGUGUUGCGUAGAGUAGCGGGGCAGGGUGUGAAAGACUUGGAUGGACUGAGGCUUCGUUUUGGGGAAGUGCCUGAAGUUUCCAGUGGAGAAAGUGAUGAAAUUAGACUUCAGAAAAGAUAUUUUAUAGACGAAGGAAUUACAUGUAAUGCUUUAGAAGAAGCAUUUGUGAGGUGCACAGAGGAAGAUGACGUCUACAAGCUAGCUCUUGUUUACUUUGCUAAGUUAGUGGUUUUGGGAAGGGACAAACAUUUGAACAUCAAUCUAAAUUACCUGACCCUUGUAGAGGACUUGGAUGCGUUCAACAGGUUUCCAUGGGGUUCGGUGUCGUUUGACAAAACCCAAGACAGUCUGUUUUCUGCACCAACAAAGUAUGUGAAAAGCUUUGAAAAUGAAGAGGGAAGAGGGAAGGGGAAAUGUAAGGUAACCGGAACAAGCCGGAGAAAUGAGAAGGGCAAGAAGGAUAACCAUGGUGAAGUGCAAAGGGGUGGCUGGAGUUUUAAAGGUUUCACAAUGGCGGACCUGAAUUACUGCAAGGUUGUUGAUCCGACAGCUCUCCCGCGUAUUUUGCGAUGGAGAACUACUACGUCUGUUCCCGAGAUGAGAAAGUUGAACAAUUAUUUUUUUCCAGAGCAAAGAGGUUUGUCAGUUCAGUUGCGGGCGCUAUGUCCAAGUGAAGAGGAAAUGAGACAACCAUAUUGGAGUUGGCCACAGGGUCGCCCUGCUGUUGUCUCGGCAGAGUCAAUUCCUUCUUCAUGUGCUGACCUUGAUGAGUUGAAACAAGGCGGUAAGCUUGUUGAGGUCCGAGUUGUUUCAAGUAAAGCGGGAAAAGGACGUCCUUGA